CGGAGGGAGUACUUGUGAUUGCAUUUUAAUAGGGAAUGUUUUUAUCUAAUAUACUGCUUUAGAAGGUCUGGUCCUGCAAAGUAAGCUGAAUUAUAUACACACAACAGGACAAAAUUUCAGCAUCAUACAUCAUGAUGAUUUCUGGUUAAAUUCCAAUCAUAUAGCCGCCCCUACAAUUUUAGUCCAUUUACGGGUCAAAUCAGAUGGGGUGUAAUCAGCUGCCUCAGUUGAAAGUUGAACCAGGUAUUGCCCACAGCAAAAUGCAGACCAGGAAACGUGGGUUGAAUUAAGUGAUCACAUGGUGUGCUGCAAAUGCAAACUAGAAUUCCAACUUGAUCAGGGCCCCAAGGAUAAGGCAUGCCCAGAAACCAUGGGUUCUGUCAGCCAUCAGCCCUUUCAUGCCAAAACACAUUUGAGACAUGCUGGUAUGGAUGGCUGGUCAUAUAAUUUUUUAGCUUAAUGCCUCUAACAGGUGAAGUAAUAAGUCUACAGUACAUCAACAAUCAUGGAGCUGGAAGCAUUGGCUCCACCGCACCCCUUACUGAUAAUCAAAAAUCUGGUCCCAAAAAAAUCUGAUCAAAUGAUUUGUCACGUUGUCUGCGUCUGCAAUAUUGCAUGCAGAGCACUCAUGGCCUUGUCUCCUGUAGUCCUGCCCACCACCUUUUCUGGUAGCUACACAUAACCCAUCCCUUGAACUAUAAAUCCAUGAUCUGCUCAACACAACUUCUUCAUCUGCAAACAACACCGCAAUCUGUGAAAAGCUCCAUCACACCAUCAGAGCAGAAGUGCAAUUUAGCCAAGAACACAUAACAGCCAUGAUCUAUUCAAAGAAGCUUGCUCAACUUGCCAAGAAGUGGCAGAGGAUGGUGGCAAUCGGUGGCCAGCAGACUGCAGGCACCGACGGAUGCUGCAGCACCACCUCUGUCGCAGACAGGGGCCAUUGUGUCAUGUACACUGCUGAUGGGUCUCGGUUCGAGGUUCCGUUGGUGUACCUUGGCACAAUGGUCUUCAGUGAGCUCCUGAGGAUGUCUCAAGAGGAAUUUGGCUUCUCCAGCGAUGGCAAGAUCACAGUACCUUUUGAUGCUUCUGUGAUGGAGUAUGUGAUGUGUUUGAUUAGGAGAGAUGCCUCUGAAGAGGUUGAAAAGGCGUUCCUGAGCUCCAUAGCAAGGCCUUGCCACAGUGCGAGUUGUGUAGCUUCAGUGAGACUUAAUCAGCAAUUUGCUGUUUGUAGCUAGUGAUAAAUGUUUUUGUUCAGUUGAAUGUAAAUUGAAGAA